UCAAACCAUGCCAUUCGCAUUCAGCCUCUAGAACCCCAGAAAAUGCUCGACCACUACAAGCCCCGCACAAACCCACCACCUUCCUAAUCCUCAAACGACAUGUCAAACGUCGUCGUUCUCGACAACGGCGGUGGCCUAAUCAAAGCCGGCUACGGCGGCGAACGUGACCCCUCCACCACAAUCCCAAACUGCCUCUAUCGUCCUCUCUCCUCCAAAAAAUUCCUCCACCCCACUCCCACCACCGAAGAAGAUCUCACCUCCGCCGCCGUCCGCCGCCCCAUAGACCGAGGCUACCUAAUAAACCCAGACCUCCAACGCGAUAUCUGGAACCACCUCUUCUCCAAUCUCCUCCACAUAAACCCAUCAAACUCUUCUUUACUACUUACAGAACCCUUGUUUUCCCUCCCUUCAAUUGAACGUGCAACCGAUGAGCUUGUUUUUGAAGAUUUUGGGUUCAAUUCUCUGUUCAUUUCUGAUCCACCGAAGUUGGUUCAUCUUUAUGAGGCGAGUAGAAGGCCAUAUGGGUUAGUUUCAAAAGCGCAAUGUAGCUUAGUUGUGGAUUGUGGGUUUAGUUUUACGCAUGCUGCGCCUGUGUUUCAGAACUUUACGUUGAAUUAUGGAGUGAAAAGGAUUGAUUUAGGAGGAAAAGCGUUGACGAAUUUUUUGAAGGAAUUGGUGUCUUACAGGAGUGUUAGUGUUAUGGAUGAAAGUUUUAUUAUGGAUGAUGUUAAGGAGAAGUUGUGCUUUGUUUCUCUUGAUGUUGCUAGAGAUUUGAAGAUUGCAAGGAGACGAGGAAACGACAAUUUUUUUAGGUGUACUUAUGUUCUACCUGAUGGAGUGACCCACACAAAAGGUUUUGUUAAAGACCCAGAUGAAGCAAGUAAGUAUCUCACUGUGGAUGAUGGAGCGUAUUUAGGAACGAAAAAGGAUAUGGAUCGCACUGAAAUUAUGGACCGAAAGAAAGUUGAUUUAACUAAAAAUGAGUUUGACUUGACAAAUGAACGGUUCCUGGUUCCAGAGAUGAUUUUCCACCCAGCAGAUUUAGGUAUGAAUCAGGCUGGACUAGCAGAGUGCAUUGUUCGAGCUGUGAACUCUUGCCAUCCUCUUCUUCAUCCUCUGCUCUACCAAAGCAUUAUAUUAACUGGUGGAAGCACAUUGUUCCCUAGAUUUGCUGAGAGACUUGAAAUGGAGCUUCGACCUCUUGUCCCAGAUGACUAUCAAGUGAAGAUAACUACACAAGAAGAUCCUAUUCUAGGUGUGUGGCGAGGUGGAUCCCUUUUGGCAUCCAGUCCUGAUUUUGAAGCAAUGUGUGUUACCAAGGCUGAGUAUGAGGAACUUGGAUCUGCUCGAUGUCGAAGGAGAUUCUUUCAUUGAGAAACAAAACUGCCCAAGUGGAGGGAAGAACUAAACAGCACACGAGGAAAUUGCAGCCAGCUGUCCCGCCAUUUCUGCGAUGAGCUUUUGCAUGCAUGUUGAUCAAAAGAAAGGUGGAAGCAGGCCUAACUGGCUUACUUCUGAAGCCAGAAACCUGACGUAUCUACGGUCAUCACUAUGACAUGGUGACGCAUUGUUCUUUGGCCUCCUGAUUCUUAUAAUUAUUUGGUGCAAAGGGUAAUCCGUGGAAGAAACUGCACCUACGGUAUUCCUGCAAAGCCAACAUGCCACCAUACUUGUGCAUCCAAGAGAUGGUGAUUCCAGAUCGAGGUUUCACAAAUUCAGGGCCAUUCCUGCUUAUUAGGGUUUUGCUUUCUUUAUUUGGGACAUACUCCCACCUGUUUAACAGAGAGCGUUCAAUGACUGGUGGCUGUUGGUUUCUUGGCAUUUUUCGUGCAAAUAUCCGGUAACCUUUGCAUGGUUUAUAGGCUGGUUUACGUACAA